AUGUUCACCGCAACUUAUCGCAAUCUCUCUUAUGUGCUCCUGUUAUACCUGAGCUUCACCACCUUCCUAUUCCAGACAGCAUCAUGUCUCGCCGUCCCCUCGUCUGAAGACUCUCCCAACGAUAACGCCAAGCGAGCUGAUGACUCUGGCGAUGUUUACCUGCUCGGUGUCGGCAAAGCUGACGUGACUGGUCCUGUCGUCGAGCUUAAUCUCAUGGGCUAUGCCGACCUCGGGCAGGUAGGAACAGGCUUGCGCCAACGUCUAUACUCCCGGGCUUUCAUCGUGGGCAAUCCAGAUGUACCCAAAGAGCGAUUUGUGUACUUCGUAUUGGAUACUCAGUCUGGUGACACUGCUGUUCGCAGAGGUAUCCUUGAGGGCAUCGCGGCUCUGGGAUCGGAGUAUUCCGUCUAUACGUCGGACAAUGUCGCUGUCACCGGAACGCAUUCGCACGCUGGACCAGCAGGUUGGAACAACUAUCUCAUGCCUCAGAUCUCCGCUCUCGGAUUCAAUCAGCAAGCGUAUCAGGCCAUCGUUGACGGCGCUGUUCUUUCGGUCAAGCGGGCGCAUGAAAGUCUUGUCAAGGGCCGUCUUAGCGUAGGCAAGAUUCGCAUCGAAGACGUCAACAUCAAUCGAAGUCUGUAUGCCUAUCAGGCUAAUCCAAAAUCGGAGCGGGACAAGUACCAGGAUGAGGUCGACAAGGAACUGACCAUGCUCAAGUUCACUCGCGACUCAGACAGCAAAGUGACUGGGGUGCUCACGUGGUUCUCGGUACAUGGCACGAGUCUUUACAUGAAUAACACUCUUGUUGCUGGUGAUAACAAGGGUGUCAGUGCCUAUCUGCUGGAGCAAGCUGUUCGUGGAACCAAUGGAGCUACCGAUGACUUCGUGGCUGGCUUCUCCCAAGCUGCUGUCGCUGACACUACGCCAAAUGUCGAAGGGGCUUGGUGUGAAGAUGGCUCAGGACAGCAGUGCGACUUUAAGGAUGCGACUUGCAAUGGCAAGAUCGACACUUGUCAUGGUCGAGGUCCUUUCUGGGGACUCAAUGACGGAGGCACCAAGUCAUGCUGGGAGAUUGGUCGUCGAGUCUUUAAGCAGGCCGACAAGCUAUAUGGUCAGAUGCAAGGUGGAGCCGGUGUUCCAGUUACGGGAAAGAGUGUUCUUGGGUACCACUCAUUCAAAAACUUCUCAGACUUUACCUUUCAACUUCCUAAUGGCACGUCGGCAAAGACAUGUGCAGCAGCCUUUGGAUACUCCUUCGCCGCUGGAACUACCGACGGUCCGGGAUAUUUCGACUUCAAGCAGGGUGACUCAGGUGAACCUGAUGCCAGUCCUUUCUGGGCUCUUGUAUCCAAGUUCUUGCGCGAUCCUACCAAGGAGCAGGUCGCAUGUCAGUCACCGAAGCCGAUUCUCAUCGACGCUGGUGAGAUUACACUACCUUAUGCUUGGGCUCCCAAUAUCGUCGAUAUCCAAAUGCUACGGGUCGGUAACUUCUUCAUCAUCGUCUCAGCACCUGAGCUGACGACCAUGUCUUCACGACGUUGGCGCAAGAGCAUCAGUGAUGAGAUCAAGGAUAGAGGUGGUGUUGGAAUUGAUCCCAUCGUUGUCGCUGGUGGACCUGGCAACACUUACGCUCAUUACUGUACUACACCCGAAGAAUAUGAUAUGCAGCGCUACGAAGGUGGCUCAACUGUCCAUGGCAGACAUAGUCUGGACGCUUACAUCAACCUUACUACGAGCUAUCUCGGAUACCUAUUACAGGAAAAGGGCGCCUCAAAGCCACCGACUGGUCCAGCUGCACCUGAUAACCGAAAGAACUCAAUUUCUCUCACCACAGGCGUCGUUUACGAUAACCCCAAGAUUGGCACCAAGUUUGGUGAUAUCAUCAACGACGUGAGCAAAUCAAAGUUUGCAGUCGGAGAUACUAUCAGCGCCACAUUCGUGGGAGCCAAUCCACGAAACAAUCUUCACUUGGAGGAUACUUAUGCAGCAGUUGAGAAGAAGGACGGAUCCAAGUGGGUUCAGGUUCGGACUGACGAGGACUGGGAUCUUGUCUUUGAGUGGAAAAGACUUGAUGGGUUGCUUGGGUCGAGUGAGGUUUCUAUCACUUGGGAGACUGGAUGGCAGGAUGCGAAGGACGUUGGUUCUGGCACGUAUCGGCUGAGCUAUUAUGGAGAUAGCAAGACUCCUAUCACAGGCAAGAUUAAUGCGUUUACAGGUAGGAGUACUGAGUUUACUAUUUCUUAA